UCCAGGGUUUGUCCCGAAAUGUGACGUCAGACAGAAGGACUCACUUGUAGCGAGCGUUGACCGGCGCUGGCUGUCAUUUCCCCGGCGCCGUUUUGCAACAAUCUGAGCUCGUGGAAUAAGUUUUUAGCUCUGGGUUCAAUGAAGUUGAUAUUGGAAUCUCGUAAUGAGGUGGCUUUUGCCGUGGAUUCUAAUAGUAGCCAGCACUCAUCAGGUCUUUUCCCAACAUUCCACAGCCACGCCUCCCUUGACAGCGACCAUAGAGCUGUAUAACCGUACAGCGUACUGCAAAUGGCCGUGCAAGUGUGCCAAGAGCGCCCCCCUGUGUCCACCAGGGGUCAGUGUGCUGAUGGACGGCUGUGACUGCUGUAAGGCCUGUUCCAAACAGGUGGGGGAGACCUGCAACGAGGCAGACGUCUGUGACUACCAUAAGGGACUGUACUGUGACUACAGCGUGGACAAGCCGAGGUACGAAAAAGGAGUAUGUGCCUACAUGGUGGGCACAGGCUGCGAGUACGACGGGGUGAUCUACCGCAACGGUCAGAGCUUCCAACCCAGCUGUAAGUACCGCUGUCUGUGUGUAAACGGUGCCAUCGGUUGUGUGCCGCUCUGCACAGACUCCCAACCGCCCCGGGUGUGGUGCCAGACGCCCAGGCGGGUCAAACUGCCGGGCCGAUGCUGUGAGCAGUGGAUCUGUGAUGAGCCCAGGAAGACGCGCAAGGCAGACCCCAGGCAUGCGGAGAUAGUGCGCGCCAGCCACAAUGAGGUCUGGCAUAAGAACUGCAUUACCCAGACAACCUCCUGGUCCCCGUGUUCCAAGACCUGUGGACGUGGCCUGUCCCUGAGGAUCUCCAACGCCAACGACCAGUGUGAGUUGUUCAAGGAGUCGCGCCUCUGCAACAUCCGGCCCUGUGACGUGGACAUCACCAAGCACAUCAAGCCAGGGAAGAAGUGUCUGAACAUUUACAGGGAGGAGCAGAGCCAGAACUUCACAAUCUCAGGCUGCAACAGCAAGAAGCCCUACCGUCCAAAAUACUGUGGUGUCUGCGUGGCCACAGACGAUCGCUGCUGCAUCCCUUACAAGUCCAAGACUAUCGAGGUGGAGUUCCAGUGUCCCAACGGAGCCACUCUGACAUGGCAGGUGAUGUGGAUCAAUGCCUGCUUCUGUAACCUCAGCUGCAGGAACCCCAACGACAUCUUCUCUGAGCUGGAGCACUACUACGACCACAAUGAGGUCAUCAACUGACAACUGAGCAGCCUUGUCCGAGCCUGAACGUACGGCCCACAGGGCAGGAGACCAUCUCCUGUUUCUGUAGCAUGAGGUAGUUUAGUGUACAAGUACAACCCCUGGGUAAGACGCUAGUCUGCCGCGGGGCCUUUUACCCAAAUACAUCUCCUGAAUGCUGAAUGCCAAGCGUUUUUAGAGUCUUUGGUAUGAUUCUACUGGGGAGAACUGAGCAGAGGACAGGUUCAUUUAGGUUAUUAUUGACUCCAGCUUUACAUUCCUUGGAAUAAAGGGAUUGAUGAUUUGUUGGUUAGUUGAAUUAGAUGUUGAAGUACCAGGCUGGAACAAAGCCUGCACACCCCUAAGGUCCCCAGAAGUAGGAUUGAAGAACAUUGCAGUUGAACCCUGCCCAAACUCUUCAUUAUGAUCUUGAUAAAAAACACAAACAAAUAAUGCACAGGGUUUAUCAGUUAUUUAACCUCCAUUCAAUGAAAGGAUGUAGUUGUUUUUCAAUUCAAUUUAUCAGAGAAUGGACUCUACAAGGUGUCAAAAGCGUUCCACAGGGAUGCUGGCCCAUGUUGACUUCAAUGCUUCCCACAGUUGUGUCAAAUUGGCUGGAUGUCCUUUGGGUGGUGGACCAUUCUUGAUACACACAGGAAGCUGUUGAGCGUGAAAAACCCAGCAGCGUUGCAGUUCUUGAUACAAACCGGUGCACCUGGCACCUACUACCAUACCCUGUUCAAAGGCACUGACAUCUUUUGUCUUACCCAUUCACCCUAGGAAUGGCACACAUACACAAUCCAUGUCUCAAGGCUUAAAAAUCCUUCUUUAAUCCGUCUCCUCCCCUUCAUCUACACUGAUUGAAGUGGAUUUAACAAAGUGACAUCAAUAAGGGAUCAUAUCUUUCACCUGUAUUCACCUGGUCAGUCUGUCAUGGAAUGUUUUGUACACUCAGUAUAUAAGCGGAAGUUGAUCAUGUAUUUGUGAUGAUACCAUAGUAGGACACAGGGGUCCAACCUAUUGUAAUUAUGCAUCAUAUUCAUAUGGGGAUAAUCUUCUACCAAGUUAGGGCAUUAACCACUCGAGUGGUCAUCCUGUUGUGUACUCUUCCGUUUCCCUCUUUUUGUGUCAUGUCAUUAAGCUUACUGUGUAUGUACUGUUGUGCUCAAAACAUUUAGUCAAGUAUUUUGUAGUUUACUGCAAAGUGUACAGUAUAUCAGACAAGGUUCUCUCACAUUUUCUCAGUUUUGCAUUGAUUUCCAUUGACUCUUAGUGAACAAUAAUAGUGUUUGUCUCAAUGUCUGCAGUGUCAAGUCAGUUGUUAUUUGAGCUCUACGAGGUUAAAAGUGGAUCAACUUUUUAUUGAUUGAAAUUUGAUUGAGAUCAGCUCAAUAAGUGUUGUCAUUUAUUUCAUUGGUCAAUACUCUAGUAAACCAUGUACCAUAUCAAAUGUCAUCAUAAACAACAAACAAACUCAUCCAGGAAGUCACAUUUGAUUGGUUCAAAUAAAUACAAAGUAUUAAGAUUUGAGUCGUGACAAAUCUUUUCAAAUAAAUUUUGUAAAAAUAA